GUGUGGAGGCAGUAGCAGUUCUGUCUCACAGAGAGUGAGCUGACAGAUAGAACAGGACAGCUAGUACUAUAUUAUCCUGUUUUACACUAGGUAUACAAGAGGACACUGAUACUAGAAGAGUAACCCUGAGACAGUCAGCUGGUACAGUAGGACUCAUUAUACUAAAGAGAGGAGAGAGCAGUAUACUGUUGAUUCUACAGAACUGACUAGACAGGGCAAAGGACACCGUUGAUUGUAGAUGGAUAUGCAGCUUGUUUCAGUGAUGUAAAUACCAGAUCACUAUCAUCCAACCCUCUCAGUAUACUGACUAAAGAGGAGAGAAGAGGAGAACAAGACAGGAGAGGAGAAAGACUAUAGACGGAAAGGGAAAGAGGACUUCCCGCGCUGCUGGUUGAAGGUGUGUGUGUGUGUGUGUGUGUGUCAUGGCAGGGGCUCAGCCAGGGACACAUGCUCUGAAACUCAAACUCCCGACCGUCCCCGAUACUCUGCAGAAUGGCAGCCGCUUCAUGAAAUGGGACGAUGUGAGUAUCAGUGUGUGCUUGUGUUGUUAACACUCCUUUUAGGAAUGAUAAGCGCUAGACAUUUAAGAUGAAAAUGUGCACACACUUGACGUUUGUGGUUGUGAUUACACAUGUAAUGUGGUUGUGAUUACACAUGUAAUGUGGUUGCGAAUACGUUGUAAUGUGGUUGCUGUGUGUGAGUGUGAGUGUGUGUAUGUGUGUGUGUGCGUGUUUGCAAGUGUGUGUGUUGAUAUGUUGAAGGUUUUAAGCACAGAGCAAGGAUACAGAGAAAUGUGCUGGCAUGUUGCUAUGGUAACUGCCAUGGUUAAAAUCCCUCCUCGAUUAGCCAAGAUGUUCCACCACAUAAAAGAGAGGGGUAGAUAGAGUGAGAGAGAUAGAGAGAGAAAGAAAGAGAGAGAGAGUGUGUGUGUCAGUAUAUAUUUCUUAGUAGAGAGAUAAUUCGGGACCAGAGUGAUUCAUGCUUAUGCAACGCCUUAGUCAAACCCAACUCAGCUUCAAACACACACACACACACACACACACACACACACACACACACACACACACACACACACACACACACACACACACACACACACACACAGUGCAGCCACAAUACAACAUAUUCACAACCACAUUACAUGCAUAAUCACAACCAACAAUGUCAAGUGUGUGUGUGUGUGUGUGUGUGUGUCUGUGCUAAUCUCUGUCUCCAUGUGGUCAGGAUCUCUCAACAGUGACUCCCAUCACCCUGACUGUGGAUCCACACGGAUACUUCCUUUACUGGACUGACCAGAACAAGGUACACACAUGCACAUGCACACACACAUCCUUACACACACACAUACACACAUACACACACAAACACACACACACACACAGGAGAUAAGUGGAGGUGAUGCCAUGCUGUCUCUCACGUUGGGACUCCUACUGCUUCCUGCUGGGGCUUAGUCCCCCUGUGUGUGUGUGUGUGUGUGUGUGUGUGUGUGUGUGGGUGUGUGUGUGUGUGUGUGUGCGUGUGUGCGUGUGUGCGUGUUUUAGAGUGAGUUAGUGAUGAAUAUUUUAACACCCCUCGCACUCCUUCUCUCAUGUCUUUACUCCCUCCCUAAUUAUCUCUCUUUCUCUCUAUCCUUUUCUCUCUCUCUGUCUUUCUCCCUCCCUUCUAUCUCUCCUGCAGGAGACAGAGUUGUUAGACAUCACCCAUAUAAAGGAUGCCAGAACAGGGAAGAGCACCAAAACACCAAAGGUACUUAACCCCCAGGACCUCUAACUCUUGACCCAGGCAUGUCAAACCAGGCUCUUGUUGGUUUUCUUCAUUGCCUUUGAUUCAUAGUCUGAUUCUCUAGCCAAUCAGCAAUACUAAUCAGUAACACUGAUCAAUGAUGUACCAUGUUGACAUGAAAACACAUUUUGCCCUUGAGGACUGGAGCGGACACCCCUGGUCUAACCUGUGAACUUGACCUUGACCUCUAACCUCUAACCUCUGACCCUCUGUCCUCCGUAGGAGGCGAAGCUGCGUGAGCUGCUUGAUGUGGGGAACCUAGUUGGUCGUAUAGAGAACCGUUUGUUGACCAUAGUCACAGGACCGGACAUGGUCAACAUCACAUACCUCAACUUCAUGGCCCUGCAAGAGGAGGAGGCCACGGUACACACACACACACACACACAUUCAAUUACAUAUACACGCACACGCACACACACACUCACACACUGUCCCUCUCUCUGUGUUGUAUAGGAGUGGGCUGAGGAGCUGUUCUCUCUGGCCUCUAACCUGCUGAGUCACAACAUGAACAGAGAAACCAGUCUGGAGAAAGCGUGAGUCUAUCAGGAAAAUUAAUUUUGGGGCUGAUUCAAUCUUUAUGGCACUUAAAAGAGAAAUGCGGGAGCCAGACAGAUCUGUGAUAGCAAUGGAAAUCACUGGAAAUGUUGGUGUGACAGAGGUGUGUUUAUUCCUCAGUCUCUCUCUCCCUUCUUCCUAAUAUUUCUCUAACAGAUAUGUCAGACUGACCCUGCAGCCAAACUCAGAGGGGCGGAUCCCAGUGAAGAAGUGAGUGAAUCCCAUUGGUUCCUCAAUCAUUUUAGGGGAUCGUCCUUAGCAAGGUGUCGUGCAGAAUCACUGAUCUAUAAUAAUUACCUGGUAUUCCAAAUAACCACUCAUUAUGGGAUCAAGAUGAGUGAAUCUGUGCAGCGCUAGGCUUAGAGCCCAUCCCUUCGAACACUAAUUGUCACUCCCGUGUCUGCUGAUUAACUUCCUGUGAAUCCUGUGGGAUGUGAUUGGUUUAUAUUGUGCAUGUCCUGCCCCUUUUAUCCAGCAUCGUCCGCAUGUUCUCAGCAGACAAAAAGAGGGUGGAGACGGCUUUGGAACACUGCAACCUACCAUUUGGACGGGUAUACAUUAUGACUAUGGAAUACUAUAUAAUAUAACAAACUAUACAAUAUUAAAGCUGGUAGUGGUGGUAUUUUAACUGGUAGUUCUUUCCUCUCACACUAAGGCCAACUGUUUAAAUGAUAACUUAUUGAGACCUGAAUCAUCUCAGUGGUACAGUGCCUUGCAAAAGUAUUCAUCCCCCUUGGCGUUUUUCCUGUUUUGUUGUAUUACGACCUGUAAUUUAAAUGGAUUUUUAUUUGAAUUUCAUGUAAUGGACAUACACAAAAUAGUCCAAAUUGGUGAAGUGAAAUGAAAUGAAAAAAAUAAAUAACGGAAAAGUGGUGCGUGCAUAUGUAUUCACCCCCUUUGCUAUGAAGCCCCUAAAUAAGAUCUGGUGCAACCAAUUAGCUUCGGAAGUCACAUAAUUAGUUAAAUUAAGUCCACCUGUGUGCAAUCUAAGUGUCACAUGAUCUGUCACAUAAUCUCAGUAUAUAUACACCUGUUCUGAAAGGCCCCAGAGUCUGCAACACCACUAAGCAAGGGGCACCACCAAGCAAGCGGCACCAUGUAGACCAAGGAGCUCUCCAAACAGGUCAGGGACAAAGUUGUGGAGAAGUACAGAUCAGAGUUGGGUCACAAAAAAAUAUCAGAAACUUUGAACAUACCUCGGCGCACCAUUAAAUCCACUAUUAAAAAAUUUUAAAGAAUAUGGCACCACAACAAACCUGCCAAGAGAGGGCUGCCCACCAAAACUCACGGACCAGGCAAGGAGGGCAUUAAUCAGAGAGGCAACAAAGAGACCAAAGAUAACCCUGUCCAUAGGACCACUUUAAGCCGUACACUCCACAGAGCUUGGCUUUACGGAAGAGUGGCCAGAAAAAACCAUUGCUUAAAUAAAAAAAUAAGCAAACACGUUUGGUGUUCGCCAAAAUGCAUGUGGGAGAAUCCCCAAACAUAUGGAAGAAGGUACUCUGGUCAGAUGAGACUAAAAUUGAGCUUUUUGGCCAUCAAGGAAAACGCUAUGUCUGGCGCAAACCCAACACCUGUCAUCACCCCGAGAACACCAUCCUCACAGUGAAGCAUGGUGGUGGCAGCAUCAUGCUGUGGGGAUGUUUUUCAUCGGCAGGGACUGGGAAACUGGUCAGAAUUGAAGGAAUGAUGGAUGGCGCUAAAUACAGGGAAAUUCUUGAGGGAUACCUGUUUCAGUCUUCCAGAGAUUUGAGACUGGGACGGAGGUUCACCUUCCAGCAGGACAAUGACCCUAAGCAUACUGCUAAAGCAACACUCGAGUGGUUUAAGGGGAAACAUUUAAAUGUCUUGGAAUGGCCUAGUCAAAGCCCUCAAUCCAAUUGAGAAUCUGUGUUAUGACUUAAAGAUUGCUGUACCCCAGCGGAACCCAUCCAAAUUGAAGGAGCUGGAGCAGUUUUGCCUUGAAGAAUGGGCAGAAAUCCCAGUGGCUAGAUGUGCCAAGCUUAUAGAGACAUACCCCAAGUGACUUGCAGAUGUAAUUGCUGCAAAAGGUGGCCAACAAAGUAUUUACUUUGUGGGGGGUGAAUAGUUAUGCACGCUCAAGAUUUAUAAAAAAAAAAAAAAAAUGUUUGUUUCACAAGAAAACAUAUUUUGCAUCUUCAAAGUGGUAGGCAUGUUGUGUAAAUCAAAUGAUACAAACCCCCCAAAAAUCCAUUUUAAUUCCAGGUUGUAAGGCAACAAAAUAGGAAAAAUGCCAAGGGGGUGAAUACUUUCGCAAGCCACUGUAUUUGUGUUCCUCUGCAGAGUGACUCUAUUCCCCUUGAGGACUUCAACCCUGACGUUUACAGAUCUUUCCUCUCCCAUCUCUGUCCUCGGCCAGAACUCAGCUCAGUCUUCUCUCAGCAGUAAGUACUGAUACUACCUCCUGGCACCCAGCCCUAAACCCUGACCCUUUCUGACCCUUCCUCUCCAACCUCUGCUGUUCGGCCAGAACUCAGCUCAGUCUUCUCUCAACAGUAUGUACAGUCACUAAUUGCUGACUAUGUCUCUCUCUCUUUCUGUAGAGGUGCUAAGGGUGCUUACCUGUCGAUGGAUCAGAUGACAGAGUUCAUUAAUGAGAGGCAGAGAGAUCCUCGUCUGAAUGAAAUUCUGUAUCCUCCUCUCAGACCCUCUCAGACACAGACCCUGAUGGAGAAAUACGAACUCAACCACAGCCUGCUCAAACAAGGUGUGUGUGUCUGUCUGUCUGUGUGUGUGUGUGUGUGUGUGUGUGUGUGUGUGUGUGUGUGUGUGUGUGUGUGUGUGAGCGUGUGCGUGCGUGUGUGUUUUUUGCGCAUGCAUUUGUGCCUAGAUGUAAGCUUGCGUGCAUGCAUGUAUGCCUACUUGUGUGUGUGAGAUAUGAGUGUCUUUGUGUAUAUAAAGUGCAUUCGGAAAGUAUUCAGACUCCUUGACUUUUUCCACAUUUGUUACGUUACAACCUUAUUCUAAAAUGGAUUGAAUUGUUUUUUUCCUUCAUCAAUCUACACACAAUACCACAUAAUGACAAAGCAAAAACAGGUUUUUAGACAAUUUUGCAAACGGAAAUAUCACAUUUACAUAAGUAUUCAGACCCUUUACUCAGUACUUUGCUGAAGCACCUUGAGUCUUCUUAGUUAUGACGUUACAAGCUUGGCACACCUGUAUUUGGGGAGUUUCUCCCAUUCUUCUCUGCAGAUUCUCUCAAGCUCUGUCAGGUUGGAUGGGGAAGCGUCGCUCCACAGCUAUUUUCAGCUCACUCCAGAGAUGUUAGAUCGGGUUAAAGUCCGGGCUCUGGCUGGCCCACUCAAGCACAUUCAGAGACUUGUCCCGAAGCCACUCCCGCGUUGUCUUGGCUGUGUGCUUAGGGUCGUUGUACUGUUGGAAGGUGAACCUUCGCCCCAGGUCUGAGGUCCUGAGUGCUCUGGAGCAGGUUUUCAUCAAGGUUCUCACUGUACUUUGCUCCGAUAAUCUUUCCCUCUAUCCUGACUAGUCUCCUAGUCCCUGCCGCUGAAAAACAUCUUCCCAGCAUGAUGCUGCCACCACCAUGCUUCACCGCAGGGAUGUUUCCAGGUUUCCUCCAGACUUGACGCUUGGCAUUCAGGCCAAAGAGUUCAAUCUUGGGUUCAUCAGACAAGAGAAUCUUGUUUCUCAUGGUCUGAGAGUCCUUUAGGUGCCUUUUGGCAAACUUCAAGCGGGCUGUCAUGUGUCUUUUACUGAGGAGUGGCUUCCGUCUGGCCACUCUGCCAUAAAGGCCUGAUUGGUGGAGUGCUGCAGAGAUUGUUGUCCUUCUGGAAGGUUCUCCCAUCUCCACAGAGGAACUCUGGAGCUCUGUCAGAGUGACCAUCAGGCUCUUGGUCACCUCCCUGACCAAGGCCCUUCUUCCCCGAUUGCUCAGUUUGGACGGGCGGCCAGCUCUAGGAAGAGUUUUGGUGUUUCCAAACUUCUUCCAUUUAAGAAUGAUGGAGGCCACUGUGGUCUUGGGGACCUUCAAUGGCACAAAAAUGUUUUGGUAUCCCUUCCCCAGAUCUGUGCCUCGACACAAUCCUGUCUCGGAGCUCUACGGACAAUUCCUUCGACCUCAUGGCUUGGUUUUUGCUCUGACAUGCAACUGUGGGACCUUAUAUAGACAAGUGUGUACCUUUCCAAAUCAUGUCCAAUCAAUUGAAUUUACCACGGGUGGACUCCAAUCAAGUUGUAGAAACAUCUCAAGGAUGAUCAAUGGAAACAGAAUGCACCUGAGCUCAAUUUCGAGUCUCAUAGCAAAGGGUCUGAAUACUUAUGUAAAUAAGGUAUUUCUGUUUUCGCUUUGUCAUUAUAGGGUAUUGUGUGUAGAUUGGUAAGGAUUUUCAUUUAUUUAAUCUAUUUUAGAAUAAGGCUGUAACAUAACAAAAUGUGGAAAAAGUAAAGGGGUCUGAAUACAUUCCGAAUGCACUGUAACCCUCCAUUGUGUGUUUGUGUGUGCGUGUGUGUGUGUAUUCUGUAGGCCUGAUCACCUUGGAGGGGCUCAGCAGGUACCUGGUGUCUGAUGAGAACGGAGUGAUUCCUCCUGAGAAGCUGGACCAGUCUGAAGACAUGACCUUCCCUCUGUCUCACUACUUCAUCAACUCCUCACAUAACACCUACCUCACAGGUACACACAUGCACGCCCAUUGGCACACACACACACACACACACACACACACACACACACACUCACACACACACUAGUGAUUUAGGGUCAUGCAAUAUUGUGUGGUUGAAGGGUGGGUGGGUGGAGGGUGGGUUGAAUAAAGAGAAAACAAUACCUUAAAUCCAUAAUGUACUGUAUCAUAAAUGUAUCAUUCUUGUGCCAUUUAUAUCUAUAGGCUACUUUGAGGUUUUUCUUUCAUUAUUUUAGGCUAUCUUGCAUUAGUGUGUAAGCCUACGCUUUAGGGCCUAACUUUACACGUGCCAAAUAGCCUACAUGCCAAUCGCCAAAUGCUUUUGGUAACGGUCAGAAAAAGUUUACGUAGAUCCACAGAGGCAAAAAGGUCAAUCUCUUGAGUUUAAUUCAAUAAAAGAAAGGCUGCGAAAUGGAGAGUUAAAAUAAAGAGAAGGGAAAAGUAAUGUUUGGGAAAGAUUUGGUGAAGUGGUAAAAGAGGAUGAUAGCAGUGCCGGAUAUGUGUUAUGAUUGUGAGGCGCUAUACAGAUUUGAGAGUAACAACACGGGAACAGAAGUGGAGAAAUAAAAGUUAUUUGCUGUCUGCUACCAGCUCUCACAGUCAGAAUUAGAUGUUCAUGUUUCUGAAACAUCACAUUUUGAAGUUUUUCCAAACAUCAAGUGUUUAAGGUUAAGUUUAGGCAUGAACUCCGAAUGUUUAAGGUAAGGGUUAAAGUAUAGGAUAGGCUUAAAACAAAAAUAUAAAAAACAACUUUGCAUUGCUGGAUUCCAAUUUGCAGCUUUUGGAAUCAGAGACAGAUGCUUACGCCCAUCCGUCAUUCCCGUCCACAACGCCCUAGCAAAACCAAAACCUACUUGAAGGUAACAGUGCUUAAUGUUGCCCCUAGUGGCCGGUUUCCACGUCAUCUCCCGACGUCCUCAGACAUGGAUGGAUGUCGAAUACUGACUUGUAUCAUGGGUGACCUGGUUGAUUUAUUUCAGCAUCUUGAGAGAAUGCGAAUGCACAGUUAGAUACUGUCUGUAUAGGUGCUAUUUUUAGCAGCAUCUUAAAAGCUGAUAGUAGGCUAUUUCAUCCACAUAAAAUAUGCAUCCAAGCCGAACUGAAAUCUUAUCAGAAACAUGUUGGGUCGUUUUCACAGCUUUCUAUUUCCUUACGACCGGUCAAACUGAUGUCAUUUGGACAUUUUGCAUAUAAAAUCUUUCCCGUUUUUGGUUGUUGUUGAGUUAUUGCAUUUUCUCCCAGGUCCCCAAAUGUCUUUGCUCCGCGAAAGAAGCAGAGAUGACAGAGAAAAAAACUUUAACGAUGUCAACAAGAUUGAAGCAUUCAUUCUAUCGAUUUAAGGCAUUAUUCUGGUGAGCAAGGGUUUAUUUAGUCUUCUAGGGCAACAUAACGACAGAAGAGAAGGUGCAUGUAUCUAAUUAUAGAUAAGUUGACUAACAAAUAGCCUACCAAAAUGUUGGAAAUUAUAAGCGGAAACAUAUCUACAGUGCAUUUGGAAAGUAUUCAGACCCCUUGACUUUUUCCACAUUUUGUUACGUUACAGCCUUAUUCUAAAACGGAUUACAUCGUUUUUUUGCCCCUCAUCAAUCUGCACACAAUACCCCAUAAUGACAAAGCAAAAACAGAUUUUUAAAAAUUGAAAUAUCACAUUUACAUAAGUAUUCAGACCCUUUACUCAGUACUUUAUGAAGCACCUUUGGCAGCGAUUACAGCCUCAAGUCUUCUUGGGUAUGACGCUACAAGCUUGGCACACCUGUCUCUGCAGAUCCUCUCAAGCUCUGUCAGGUUGGAUGGGGAACGUCGCUGCACAGCUGUUUUCAGGUCUCUCCAGAGAUGUUUGAUCGGGUUCAAGUCCGGGCUCUGGCUGGGCCACUCAAGGCCAUUCAGAGACUUGUCCCGAAGCCACUCCUGCGUUGUCUUGGCUGUGUGUUUAGGGUCGUUGCACUGUUAGAAGGUGAACCUUCGCCCCAGUCUGAGCUCUCUGGAGCAGAUUUUCAUCAAGGAUCUCUCUGUACUUUUCUCUGUUAAUCUUUCCCUCGAUCCUGACUAGUCUCCCAGUCCCUGCUGCUGAACAACAUCUCCACAGCAUGAUGCUGCCACCACCAUGCUUCACCGUAGGGAUGGUAUUGGCCAGGUGAUGAGCAGUGCCAAAAUGUGGAAAUGUGAAGGGGUCUAAAUACUUUCCGAAUGCACUGUAAAUCAGGCAACAACAGAAAAUCCUGCACCCCCUGUCAAGAAAAUUGUUCAACCGUCUCUAACUGUAGCCUAAAGCGCAUUUUCUAAAUUAGCGGGUACGGGUCGGGUGUGGGCCUCAGAGUUUCACAUAUAGUCGGGCGGUUUGCAGAUGGGUUAUUAGCAAUUGCGGGCGGUGUGGGUGAACAAACAGUUGACCAUCACAUCACCUAUUAUUUAUUGACUCGCACUACUGAUGGCCAAUCUAAUCUGUGUGUAGGCCUAUAUAUAUUUAUAAAUGUGUGUGUAUGUGUGUGUUUAGCGGGGCAGCUGGCAGGUAGUUCGUCAGUGGAGAUGUACCGUCAAGUGAUGUUGGCAGGCUGUCGCUGUGUGGAGUUAGACUGUUGGAAAGGACGGACCGCAGAGGAGGAACCAGUCAUCACACACGGCUUCACCAUGACCUCUGAGAUCUGCUUUAAGGUACACAUACGCUGCGCACACACACACACACACACACCACACACGCGCACACGCGCACGCACACGCUCUGAAAUCUCCAGCAUCAAGGCUAACUCCAUUCGUCUGUGUCAAUGCUACAUUAGUCUCUGCCUUGUCCUUGUGCUACUUUUUUUUUUUUUUUUAUUUUUUAUAUAUAUAUGUAUUUUUUUUUGGUCAUUUAGCGACUUACAUGAGCAAUUAGGGUUAAGUGCCUUGCUCAAGGGCACAUCGACAGAUUUUUCACCUAGUCGGCUCAGGGAUUAGAACCAGCGACCUUUCGGUUACUGGCACAACGCUCUUAACCACUAAGCUACCUGCCGCCUUCUAAAACUGUUCUUUUUAAUUCAGAUAUAGUCUAUAUCUGAGUGGCGCAGUGGUCUAAGGCCACUCCUGAGUGGCGCAGUGGUCUAAGGCACUGCAUCGCAGUGCUAACUGUGCCACUAGAGAUCCUGGUUCGAAUCCAGGCUCUGUCGCAGCCGGCCGCGACCGGGAGACUCAUGGGCGGCGCACAAUUGGCCCAGCGUCGUCCAGGGUAGGGGAGGGAAUGGCCGGCAGGGAUGUAGCUCAGUUGAUAGAGCAUGGCGUUUGCAACACCAGGGUUGUGGGUUUGAUUCCCACGGGGGGCCAGUAUUUAAAAAAAAAUGUAUUCACUAACUGUAAGUCGCUCUGGAUAAGAGCGUCUGCUAAAUGACUAAAAUGUCAAAUGUAUAAACUUACACUGAGUGUAUAAAACAUUAGGAACACCUUCCACCUCAGAACAGCCUCAAUUCGUCAUGGCAUGGCAUCUACAAGGUGUCGAAAGCGUCCCACAAGGAUGCUGGCCCACGUUGACUCCAAUGCUUCCCACAGUUGUGUCAAGUUGGCUGGUAGUAGAUCUCUACUCUGAAUAGCUUGUUCAAUCUCAUCCCACAGAUGCUCAACUGGAUUGAGAUCUGGUGACUUGGCAGGCCACUGCAGUACGCUGAAUUCACUGUCAUGUUCGUGGAACCAUUCCUGGACAAUCCUAGCCUUGUGGCAUUGGGCAUUAUCCUGCUGAAAAAAAUAAUUUCACAGAUGGAUACACUGCUGCCAUGAAGGGAUGCACCAGAUUGGCAAUGUGUGGCUCAGUUGGUAGGGCAUGGUGCUUGCAACGCCAAUGUUGUGAGUUCGAUUCCCACGGUGGACCAGUGUGAAAAAGAAUGAAAAUGUAUGCACUCACUACUGUAAGUUGCUCUGGAGAGGAGCGUCUGCUAAAUUAGUUGUGUAUUCUUUUAUGGGUCUUUGGUCACCAAUGUUGUACUGGACUGUCAGUUGACUAACUGUAGCCCGUCUAUUGCUCUGCACAAUUCAUGUCAGCCUCCUUUUUCUUCUUUCACCAAUUACCCUUUUUCGACCACUGGCCUGCCGCCAUUGACUGGAUGUCCUUUGGGUGGUGGACUAUUCUUGAAACACGGGAAACUGUUGAGCGUGAAAAACCCAGCAGCGUUGCAGUUCUUGACACACUCAAGCUUUGCAGUUCUUGACACACCUAUGUUUUGUACACUCAGUGUAUAUAUGUGUAAUAAAAUAACCAACUAUUAUAACUUCUCCUUUUACUCUACAGGAGGUGAUUGAGGCCAUCGCUGAGUGUGCUUUUAAAACCUCUCCUUUUCCUGUCAUCCUGUCCUUCGAAAACCAUGUGGACUCGUGAGUGAAAACAUAGAGGUUAAUAGGUGAAUAUACUAGAAAAUAUUUGGUGAACUGCUCUUUAAUUCUGACCCCUGACCUCUAAUUCUAACAGGCCAAAGCAACAAGCCAAGAUGGCAGAAUACUGUAGGUCGAUUUUUGGAGAUGCACUACUGAUAGACCCACUGGAGAAAUAUCCUGUAAGUUUUUAGGACACAUGCACACACACACACACAUCACCCCCUCCCACACACACAUGCAUGUACACUGAUAUGUGUGUGCGUUGCCUGUGCAUGGGUGUGUGUGUCUGUGUGUGUGUGUUAGCUGGAGUCUGGGGUACCCCUGCCAAGUCCUCAGGAGCUGAUGGGUAAGAUCCUCAUCAAGAACAAGAAAUCCCACAAGCCCUCGGCUGCCCAUGGCAACAAGAGACUGGCAGAGCAGCCAACCAACCAGAGCGUAGCAGCAGAACAGGCAACAGAUGAACCCUCGUCUCCUAGCAACAUCACAGCUGGUGAGGCUGUCUGCAAGUGUGCUCUAUUGUAUAAAUAUGAUGACAAUAAUAAUAAUAAUGUUCAUCAUCUUCAUCACUAUCAUCACUGCUGGUGAGGCUCUCUAGAAGCCUUUUAUAACAGAUGGCUAAAAGAAACAAACUUUUAGAGUAUAUUAAAAUGUAAACAUUCUUUCAGGAGAAAUAGAGGCUGAAGACGAUGAUGAUGACGAUGAUGAUGAUGACGAUGACUGUAAGAAGACAUCAGAUGAGGUGAGUUCAGUAGCUUGUACUCUGCUACCAUAGUUACUUGGUUACCCUUUAACACUGCUGAUGUACUGUAGGUUAGAGGUGAAGGGUCAGGGUUAGGGUUAGGGUUAGGGUAACAUGGCUGCCUGUUAUGUGAUGGCUUUGUCUCCAGGGGACAGCAGAGGAGCGGGAGGCCGUAGCCACAGAGGAGAUGUCCACUCUGGUCAACUACGUCCAGCCCACCAAGUUUAACUCCUUUGAGGCGUCCAAAAGUAUGCUGGCUCACUGCAUAUACACUGAGUAUACCAAACAUUAGGAACACAUUUAAUAUUGAGUUGCCCCCUCCCCUAAUAUUGAGUUGCCCCCCUUUGCCCUCAGAAGAGCCUCAAUUCGUCAGGGCAUGGACUCUACAAGGUGUCAAAUGCGUUCCACAGGGAUGCUGGCCGAUGUUGACUCCAAUGCUUCCCACAGUUGUGUCAAGUUGGCUGGAUGUCCUUUGGGUGGUGGACCAUUCUUAAUACACACGGGAAACUGUUGAGCGUUUAAAAAAACAGCAGCGUUGCAGUUCUUGACACAAACCAGUGCGCCUGGCACUUACUACCAUACCCUGUUCAAAGGCACUUAAAUGUUUUGUCUUGCCCAUUCACCCUCUGAAUGGCACACAUACACAAUCCAUGUCUCAAUUGUCUCAAGGCUUAAUAAUCCUUCUUGAACCUGUCUCCUCCCCUUCAUCUACACUGAUUGAAGUGGAUUUAACAAGUGACAUCAAUAAGGGAUCAUAGCUUUCACCUGGAUUCACUUGGUCAUGUCAUGGAAAGAGCAGGUGUUCUUAAUGGUUUGUAUACUCAGUGUAUACACACACAUUAAUGCAUAAACACACAAAUGCGUAAUAAACCAUUAUGUUCUUUCCCCAGAGGUUAAUCGUAGCUAUCAAAUGUCAUCAUUUGUGGAGACUAAAGCUCUGGAGCACCUCACGAAGUCGCCCGUGGAGUUUGUGGAGUAUCCUUAAAAUUCAGCUGCCCUCUAAAUAACCCCAACCAUAACCCUGAACCCUAACUCCACUUCAGUAUUAGUUUGUGGUGUGGUUGAUUACUUUCCUCUCAAGGGUUUGCUUUGCUCUCUAUCUUAGCUAAUUCCAUUGAAGAUUAGCUGCAGUUAAGUCUCAUCAAAGCAGUUGACUAAUAUGCAGGCCCUACUUUACACUCUUAGAAAAAGGGUUCCAAAAGGAUUAUGCGGCUGUUCCCAUAGGAGAACACUUUUUGUUUCCAGGUAGAACCCUUUUUGGUUCCAGGUAGAACUCUUUUGGGUUCCAUGUACAGUGGGGAGAACAAGUAUUUGAUACACUGCCGAUUUUGCAGGUUUUCCUACUUACAAAGCAUGUAGAGGUCUGUAAUUUUUAUCAUAGGUACACUUCAACUGUGAGAGACGGAAUCUAAAACAAAAAUCCAGAAAAUCACAUUGUAUGAUUUUUAAGUAAUUAAUUUGCAUUUUAUUGCAUGACAUAAGUAUUUGAUCACCUACCAACCAGUAAGAAUUCCGGCUCUCACAGACCUGUUCGUUUUUCUUUAAGAAGCCCUCCUGUUCUCCACUCAUUACCUGUAUUAACUGCACCUGUUUGAACUCGUUACCUGUAUAAAAGACACCUGUCCACACACUCAAUCAAACAGACUCCAACCUCUCCACAAUGGCCAAGACCAGAGAGCUGUGUAAGGACAUCAGGGAUAAAUUAUAUUAUUAUUAUUAUUAUAAAAUUGUAGACCUGCACAAGGCUGGGAUGGGAUACAGGACAAUAGGCAAGCAGCUUGAUGAGAAGGCAUCAACUGUUGGCGCAAUUAUUAGAAAAUGGAAGAAGUUCAAGAUGACGGUCAAUCAUCCUCGGUCUGGGGCUCCAUGAAAGAUCUCACCUCGUGGGGCUUCAAUGAUCAUGAGGAAAGUGAGGGAUCAGCCCAGAACUACACGGCAGGACCUGGUCAAUGACCUGAAGAGAGCUGGGACCACAGUCUCAAAGAAAACCAUUAGUAACACACUACGCCGUCAUGGAUUAAAAUCCUGCAGCGCACGCAAGGUCCCCCUGCUCAAGCCAGCGCAUGUCCAGGCCCAUCUGAUGUUUGCCAAUGACCAUCUGGAUGAUCCAGAGGAGGAAUGGGAGAAGGUCAUGUGGUCUGAUGAGACAAAAAUCUAGCUUUUUGGUCUAAACUCCACUCGCCGUGUUUGGAGGAAGAAGAAUGAGUACAACCCCAAGAACACCAUCCCAACCGUGAAGCAUGGAGGUGGAAACAUCAUUCUUUGGGGAUGCUUUUCUGCAAAGGGGACAGGACGACUGCACCGUAUUGAGGUGAGGAUGGAUGGGGCCAUGUAUCGCGAGAUCUUGGCCAACAACCUCCUUCCCUCAGUAAGAACAUUGAAGAUGGGUCGUGGCUGGGUCUUCCAGCAUGACAACGACCCGAAACACACAGCCAGGGCAACUAAGGAGUGGCUCCGUAAGAAGCAUCCCAAGGUCCUGGAGUGGCCUAGCCAGUCUCCAGACCUGAACCCAAUAGAAAAUCUUUGGAGGGAGCUGAAAGUCCGUAUUGCCCAGCGGCAGCCCCGAAACCUGAAGGAUCUGGAGAAGGUCUGUAUGGAGGAGUGGGCCAAAAUCCCUGCUGCAGUGUGUGCAAACCUGGUCAAGACCUACAGGAAACGUAUGAUCUCUGUAAUUGCAAACAAAGGUUUCUGUACCAAAUAUUAAGUUCUGCUUUUCUGAUGUAUCAAAUACUUAUGUCAUGCAAUAAAAUGCAAAUUAAUUACUUAAAAAUCAUACAAUGUGAUUUUCUGGAUUUUUGUUUUAGAUUCUGUAUCUCACAGUUGAAGUGUACCUAUGAUAAAAAUUACAGACCUCAACAUGCUUUGUAAGUAGGAAAACCUGCAAAAUCGGCAGUGUAUCAAAUACUUGUUCUCCCCACUGUAGAAGCCUCUGUGGAAAGGCUUCUACAUGGGAACCAAAAGGGUUCUACCUGGAACCAAAAGGGGUUCUUCAAAGGUUUCUCCUAAGGGACAGCCGAAGAGCCCUUUUUGGUUCUAAGAGUGUUCUUACUAUAAUGUGAUGUCAUGUAAACGUCCUUAACAUGUCCUCUCAGAUAUAACAAGCAGCAGUUGAGUCGUAUCUACCCUAAAGGCACGAGGGUGGACUCUUCCAACUACAUGCCACAACUCUUCUGGAAUGCUGGCUGCCAGCUGGUGGCGCUCAACUUCCAAACUAUAGGUGAGGCAGCACUGCCUACUUGACCUGUAACCCCUGACCUCUCUUAACCUCUGACCUCCCCUUGACUUCUGUCUCUCUCUCUUUCUUUAUCCCUCUCUCUCUCUCUCUCUCAGAUCUGUCUAUGCAGUUGAACCUGGGCAUGUAUGAGUACAAUGGGAAGAGCGGCUACAGACUGAAACCAGAGUUCAUGAGACGACCAGACAAACACUUUGACCCGUUCGCUGAGAGUACCGUGGAUGGCAUAGUAGCCAACACAGUCAAGAUCAAGGUAGAAGUUACAGAAUACUCUAACCAUAACCAUAACCCAACUAACACACUGUCUGUCAAGGUUAACCAAUGAACCAGUUACUGUAGUUUAGACUAAACUGUGGAUAUGAAAUUAGCCCAUUUAAACUGAGGGUCUCCCUCCUACAGAUAAUAUCAGGACAGUUUCUGAGCGACAAGAAGGUAGGUGUGUACGUAGAGCUGGACAUGUUUGGUCUUCCUGUGGACACCAGGAGAAAAGCCCUGAAGACCAAGACGUCCCAAAGCAACGCUAUCAACCCUGUCUGGGACGAGGACCCAAUCAUCUUCAAGAAGGUGAGACAACAGUGUGACCGACUGGGUUUGAACCCAGGUCCCCUAAAUGCCAUAAGACUGGACUGUGUUAGCCCUCUGAGCUAAAGGCAUUAGCUCACGGAGCUAAUUCAAAUCUUCAGGAUUCAGGCAAACUGUAUAAUCAUAGAUAGCGUAUAAUAUUGAAGUGUAACAGUAUAACUGUGUAAAACUGUAUUAUUUUAACUGUAUAACUGUGUAUAAUAUUAAAGUAUAUCCAUGUGUGACUGUGUCUAAUUGUGUUGUUGCAGGUGGUUCUCCCGACGUUGGCCUCUCUGAGAAUUGCUGCGUUUGAGGAAGGAGGAAAGUUCAUAGGUCACCGUAUUAUCCCUGUGCCAGCCAUACGGCCAGGUAAACAUUAUAUUUACCUGUAAACAGUAAACACUGCUUCUGCAAAUAGUUUGUUGUCUCUUUCUCUCUGUAGUCCUUAUUGUCCUCUGUUGUCCUCUCCUGUCCUCAGGUUAUUAACUGUGUUCUGUCUGUGUCAGGUUAUCGCUACAUCGGCCUGAGGAAUGAGAAGAACCAGUCUCUGAUUCUGCCUGCUGUGUUUGUCUACAUUGAAGUUAAGGACUAUGUCCCAGACACCUUUGCAGGUAGGUCUGGUGUACGACAAUGCCUAUUAGACCUGAAGGUUUCUAUGUAAGCUUAGUACCAGCUUAGUGAUCAGUGGUAAGGAACACGUGCGUGUGUGGCAGGAAUAUCUGGCCUCAGAGAAGUAGUCUUUUUUUUCAAUUUGCCCACAUUGCAUCAAGGCUAAUCCCUAAAGUGUGUGUGUGUGUUCGUGUUUAGAUGUGAUCGAGGCGCUGUCUAACCCCAUCCGGUAUGUGAAUCUCCUGGAGCAGCGUUCCCAGCAGCUGGCUGCUCUCACCCUGGAGGAAGGGGAGGAGGAGACCAGCAAAGAGGUUUGUGGUCGAACUAUGGUUUUGUGGUCGAUAGGGGGUUAUGGACAGUAAAAACGGUUUCUCCUUGAUAUACAUGUAUUUAGAAAUACUGUUACAUUGCUGUUGUUGCUGGUGUUGAUUGUAAUGUUAAAUGUUGUUGAUGUUUUUGUGUUAUAAAGGUUGAGGCUAAUGCUGAUCAGCCCGGGCCCGCUGAGCCAAAAGCGAACCUACGACCUGCUCCUCUGGAGAACGGUCUCAGCCCCAGCCCUACUGUCACACCCAGGACUCCUACUAACACACCCCAGCCUGCAGCCACAGGUAACCCCUGACUUCUGACUCCUGACCCACUAACUUCUAUAUGCUAAAGUCACACCCAAGAAUGCUAAAAUGUCACUGCAUAUGUAUUGACAUGAAUGAAUUUUCCAGUUUAAAUUCUGUGCCGCCAACCAAUCAUAGUGUUUUUGUUGUUGUUUCAGAACCAGCCAAACCAGCAUUGAAGACUGAAGACAUGGUGCAGAGCGUUCUGAUAGGUCAGAGGGAUCAGGGGGGCGGGGUUGUAAUUUGUAAGUCGCUCUGGAUAAGAGCGUCUGCUAAAUGACUUAAAUGUAAAUGCUGUGUGUGGUGGUGUGUGAUCAGUAUAAGACAGUGUGGCUGUGGUGUGUAGUCUAUGUGCUCGACUGUGUGGUCUCUGCCUGUUCAGAUAUGGAGGCAGCCACACUAGAGGAGCUCAGGCAACAGAAGCUGAUCAUACGGGAGCAGAAGAAACACUACAGGGAGAUGAAAGAUGUGGUGAAGAGACACCAGAAGAAGACUUUGGAGAUGGUGAAGGAACAUACCACCAAAUACAACCAGGCUCAGAACCAACACACACACAGACGCAACGCUCUACUGAAGACUAAACAACAUGGUAAGACAAGGUAGGUAGGGUGGAGGGUGGGGAAGUAUGGUAGAGUUUCGGAUUGUGUGUGUAUGUGUGUGUUGUCCCUAACCCUGACUCAUGUCCCUUUUGUGUGUGUGUGUGUGCGUGCGUGCAUGUUGUAGAAGUUUGUCGCCCGGAGGGGAGGCUGAACUGAAGCAUUUUGAUGAGGAGGGAGAGGGGCGACUGGGGGAGCUGAGAGAACAACAACAGCAACAGCUACUGGAGCUGAGGCAGGAACAAUACUACAGCGAGAAAUACCUCAAAAGAGAACAUAUCAAACAGGUAACACACACACACACACAGAUUAAUAUAUGAUAUAACUGUACAUUCUAAUACUCACCACUAUUGCAGCUGAUGGAGAAACUGACUACGGUGACUGAGGAAAGCCAGAACAAUCAGAUGAAGAAAUUAAAAGACAUCUGUGACAAGUGAGUUUGAUAUGACUGUGAGAUGUCAGUUUAACAGAUAUGUAAAAUGAGUGUACUGUAGAGAUAUAAUUGUAAACAAUUCUAUAAAAGAUAUCAUUUGUGAUGCUCCACCGUUGCAGAGAAAAGAAAGACCUGAAAAAGAAAAUGGAAAAGAGGAGAACAGAGAAAAUCAAAGAAGCAAUGACGAAAGAGAAGCACUUGGCUGAAGAGUAAGAGAGAACUCUGUUUGUGUGUGUGUGUGUGUGUGUGCAUGCGUAUGUGUGUGUGUGACAGAGAGAGAGGCUGUAUUUCUAUGUGUAUGAUUGUAUUUCUUCUUCUGUUGUCAGGGAGAAGUUGGAGAUCAACAAAUCAUAUGUGAAUGAAGUGGUACAGAACAUCAAGAGGGUAAGGAUGGAAGGGUUAGGGGUCAGACAUCACUCCAAACUCUUGUUGGCGAAUCAGCGGCGUGACGUCAAGUACUGUUAUUUUCCUGUGAAGUGAUAGCACUUCCAGAAUCGAGUGGUCCAAUCACUGAAGGUAACCUUUCUGUUCUCUGCUCUAGCUGGAGGAUGCCCAGACAAAACGCCAAGAGAGACUGGUGGAGCAGCACAAAGGCAUCCAGCAGCAGAUUCUGGAUGAAAAACCAAAGGUGACACACCAACUAACCCAUGACCUCUAACCUUUAACCCCUAGCCCUUAACCUAAACUGCAAACGCCUAACUCUAACCCCUGACCUCUGACCCCAGCUGCAGGGUGCGGUGGAGGCGGAGUACCAGGAGAAGUUCCGUCUGUUGCCAGGGGAGAUCCAGGACUUCCUGCAGAACAGAAAAGGAGGGGUCAAAGGUCACGUCAUGCCCCGCCCCUCCACCCCCCAUGACACACUCUCUGAGGAAGAACUAGAUGAGGGCCGAAGGGAGUGAGAGAGAGAGAGAGAAGGCGAGAGGGAGGAGAGAGAAUGGGCAAAAGUCCAUCCUUUUCCUAAUCCUACUCCGUCACCUGGAAAACGAUGAGUGGUUGAGUGGUCGAGUGGUCGAGGAAAGCGUCAAUUCGUUAGUAGGCGAACGGAGAAGCAUGCUCACCUCCGCAAUUACCUACUUUGGCAGAGGAUGCACAAGCGUAUCCUCCUGGCGGCUAGCGCAGAAGUGUUUUAAAAUCUGCCACACCCCCUUUGAAUCAGCUGUUGUUUUCUCGAAGGAGAAAAGCAUGCACACAUUUUAUCUAUAAAAUGUCUUGCACAACUAGCUAAAUUUGUUUUUAUCACUUUACAAAUGUAUUUUGGGAUUCCAAAAUAAAGAGAAGGAGUGUUUCAUUUCAUACAAGCAGAUUUGUUUCCAUGUUUCCUCUCCUCGCCUCUGCUCCUCGUUUACCUUUGACCUUUUUCAAAAGCAGGCGAGCAGUGGAUGGAGGAGAGGACACGAGGAGUCGAGCAAAACCAAUUGAGGUUCUGCCAGAGAGAGAGAGCUUUUCUUCUUAAUGAAUGCUGGUUUAGUGAUGCACUCUACAGGUAGUCCGGGAGAAUUUGUAUUGUCAUGUUAUCUGCGGCAUAUUAACCCUAACUUUUUGAUAGUUGAGAUUUGAUAUACAGUAUACUACUACUGCUACAUUGUGCUCUCCUGCCUUAGAGGACUCAUAAGUAGGCCUAGUGGCCGAGCAGAGUGUGUUGCAUGAGGCCAAGCAAAGCACAUGUUAUUAUUCUACUGACCACAUCUUGACCUCAGACACGAUCCUGUUGUUCUGACCACAUGUGAUUCUUAUUUGGCCAUGGGGUUGUGGUAGUCAGUGGACAAGGGAGAGCCUUUUUGCUGAAUUUCUAUUUGCACUGAAAUGUAGACCAUUUGCUUCUCUUUGCAACACUCCUGGCUGUCUGUGCUUUUCUCUUGAAAGACGUUGCUGCUGAAAAGGUUUGUUUAAUUGUUUUCUACUUGAUAUUAAUGCUUUUAGAGAGUUUUAUAUGCAGAAGUUUUGCUAAUGACAUUAAUAUGUUAUUUUAAAAUAAUGAGCUGUUGAUUGUUGUGGUUCCCUACAGUUUCAGGGAUGCAUGACCUUAUGCAGUAUUUUUGUUGAACGUUUAAAAUGUACUAUUAUAUGGUUAUUAACAUGGAUGUACUGGUUCAAUCAUAAUUCAUUACUAAGUUAGUUUCAUUUUAGUUUAUGUACAAUUAUAUUUAAUACAAUUCUAUCCCAAAUCUUUUCCACCCCUAACUCAUAUCUUACUCCUGAAGUAGUGUAAAAUAACCAAAUAAAAUGUCAGAUCCAACGAAUAUUUAAGAAGCGGUUUCACAGGGGACCAACAAUGUGUUGCAACUGACUAAGUAUGUUUUUGUUUGGUUAUUUAUUUUUAUUUGUUUUACUUUCAUGACAUUAUCUUGAAUACUGUUAAGGUUAGGGGACUGUGUGUUUGGGUUAAGGUGAGGGCAUGUGUCCUGUGUAUGUGCUUUGCCCAGAAUUUGUGAAACCCCUUAUUUUAAAUAUUGCACUUUACGCAUCAUAAAAAUAUGUUUGACUGUUUUUCUGGGGUUGAAUGUCUGUUUUGAUAAAAACAAAUGUAGGCCUAGUAUACUGUAGUAAUUACAAAAAAUGUUAUAUUAAGUUUGGAUCAAUAAAAUGACAUGAAUUCCUAUGAAGAAAACCUACAUUUCUCAACAUGUUAUGAAAUUCCAAACUGUGUUUAAGUCUCUUUUUGAAUAUAGGUUUCAGGUAAUUAUAUGAAUGUUUCUGAUGUAUAUAAUUGUAUUGGAUUUAUUUGUAUAUAGUUGCAUUUGUUUGAUUGUAGUACUAUAUUCAAUAAUGAUAAGAUAAGUCAAAGAUACGUUGGGUGUUACUAGUAAGUAUGUUACUAGUAAGAAUUAUUUGUUGAUAUGUUUAAUUUUAUGUUCUCAUUUGUAUGGAGCCUUAGCUCUCAGUAAUGAUUUGCCCCUUGUUUUUGUGAUUACUUUAACCACAUUUAUGACUAAAAUGUGUAUUCUGAAAUUAGAUGUGUGUAUUUUAUUUUGUUAAAAGCAUACAUUCACACAACCUAAUUUGCACCCACAAAUGCAAAAAGUUAAUAUUGAAAAAACGGACAUACGGUUAUUUUAACAGCCUUACAAAACCAUAUAAAAUCAACAGCUCUUCCUGCUGGAUAGACCAUUGACAAAUCAGUCAAUUUUGGCAAUAACAGUGUUGUGCCACCCUAUGGUGCCACCACUGAGUUUAUGGACAGGCACAUCCACUAACUGCAAACUCAGAGUAAUUUGUAAAAAAUAUUUUUUAUUUUAUGAAUCCUUGGUUAACCACAGCCUUGGACAUUUUGUACAAUGAAAUACAUUAAAAUAAGUAAAAAGCUCAAUGUCAUUACAUUCUGUAUAACUCAUCAUAGUUGUAUUGCAUUUAUUGUUGGCCAUUUUUUCACACUGCAAUCUUUUUGGUUGUUGCUGCGAAUUAACCAUUUCCUCCCAUAUGUACCGAGGUCCGCACUGAUUACAGUCUGUGCAGUUGUGUGAAGAAACGCAUGUGAGCUUUGAUUUACAUGUUGCGUUGUUGUUGUUUUUGUGCCAUUUCUUAGCCUUUUGAGAGUAUACCUUUUGUUCUGGUGCGCUAAUUCAAGUGACAGCAUGUCGAUCAAGAUGCAUGGAGCCCGCCCCCUUCAUCCUUCGCCCCAUUCCGCCACCCUCCCUGCUCCCCGGCCGUAGCAAGCAGCAGUGAAGACGAGGUAGUUUUGAAGCCGUGGCAUUAAUGAUCUCAUCUCAGCCCGAUCUCCGCAUCCUACAGAGGAUCUUAUGACCAACACCGGAAUAAAGUAAAAUAAACGAAGGUACGCCGAAUGUAUUUAUUUGUUAGGAUUGAUACGAAAUAAUUAUUCACGAAACUCUAAUCAAAUGUUAGUCUGGUGUCACCAGUGGUGAGGCGGGGGUGGGGGGGUGGGUGCUAGCUAUGUUAGCUAGCUACACAUUUAGCAGGUAGCUAAACCAUUUUCAUGCAGCAGUAUACACGCCAUUUUGGGAGAGUUGAGAAAUUAUGUAGUUGGAAAAAUGAAGUUUGUAAUUUGAAAACGGUGUUGUAAUAAUAUAUCCCAGUUUUAUCUCGAUGAGUAUGAAUUGUCUAGUUAGCUUGUUAUUUCAAAAUGGCCUCAUCUCCAUUGUCGCCCCAGCUUCCCUUUUGCUCGAGCUAGACAAAGCAUGCGGUACAGCUACCAGAGGCCACGAGCGAUUGCAAUGGGUGCAAUGUAAAUAACUGACUUAAUCUUGUAAAUUAUUUUUUAUUAACCUAUUAUGAAUUGCAGGAUGCACUGUUGGGUAGUCAGCUAAUUGCUCCAUUCAAAUAACCAUAAGCGGCCGUGGAAAUAUCGACGUCAGUACUGUGGGGGAGGGGAGCCAAUUCCUAGGUGGAGCCAUAGACGAGGAGGAGGAUCUCUGGUGGAGCUGUUGCUCUUUGAAGUUUAGUGGUGUAAACUGAGACAUAACACAGGGUACUUGCAACAAGGACAUCCUACAGGAAUGAGGUUCCCUCCUUACAUGUGUUACUGACAGAUUCAUUGAUUGGAGUAAUCAACAAAAGACAACCUUGAAGUGUUGUAUGUUGUCUUGAUCUAUGCUUUGUUUUUAUAGCCACAUUAACCUAUUUGAUCCUUUUUUCCAUGGAUAUCGGCCUAACAGAUUUGUAUUGAACAGUCCUUUUUAGGUUUGCAGUGUUUUAUCAGGAGCAAUAAGGCCCCCUCUUUGCACCAGUAACUCAUUCUUGUCACAUCAUAAUGAUUGCACCUCUUUUUCCUUGUUUUCAGAUAUCCAAUCAGCUAGACUUCCUUAGUAGAAACCCAUUGUUUGGGGGGAUUGGUACAUUAACAUGAACCAAGUGUUGUUGUUGUUGUUACUUGUGUAGUAUUUUGCUUCUUAGUUAGACAUUCUCCUUUGUUUUUGACAGGCUCCACUAAGGUAACAAAAGAGAAACAGAGAGAGUACAUUCAUAUGUUUGCCUCACAUCUUUUUAUUUUUAAUAGGGUACCUGGCAACACCCCUCAUGAAUUGGACUAGAAAAUAUGCAGCUAUGCAAAUAUCAUUUGGGUUCUAGCAACUUGGAACACAUAUCAACAUUUGCUGAAGUUUACAGUUUUCUUGUACUUCAGAGGUUUGUAUCAAAAACUGACUGUUCAUACAUUUUAUCUGUGGUCUGACGCAGGCCAUUUGCAUUGUUCAGUUGUUGCAGUUAAAAUAAUCUUACAUUUCAGUAAGGGCACCAGUCCAAUUGUGUGACAGAGUAUUUCAUCAUGGUUUAUUGAUGGCUAAUGACAUUAGAAGCACAUUACCACCCUCUAGUGAAAGCAAUAGUUAGGCUAGGUGGUGGGCCAUAAAGUCUGCAUUCAAGUUAGGUUCAUUAACACAGUCAAAGCACUCUCCUGGUUACUUCCAAUGGUAAAAUUAUACAGUAAAUGCAAGUGUCACCUUGUGAUAGCAUUUGUUGCUCCAGUGCUAAGAUGUCCACUAGGGUAGGACCGAUGCUAAAUGUUCUCCCCUGGGCACACUGAUAGAUUGUGCCCUUGUGAUAUCAACAGUGGAUCCCUACAUCCCUAAAAUAGAUACAAGACAUUGCUUAUUAGGAAUGUUGCAUAAGUUGCUAUUAUCAACUGUGUGCUUUUUUGCUAUCAGCUAGUAUAGUGUUAAAAUAAUCUAUACUGAACAAAAAUAUAAGCGCAACAUGUAAAGUGUUGGUCCCAGUUUUCACGAGCUGUAGUAAAAGAUCCCAGAAAUUUCCGUAUGCACAAAAAGCUUAUUUAUCUCAAAUUUUGUGCACAAAUUUGUUUACAUCCCUGUUAGUGAGCAUUUCUCCUUUGCCAAGAUAAUGCAUCAACCUGACAGGUGUGGCAUAUCAAGAAGCUGAUUAAACAGCAUGGUCAUUACACAGGUGCACCUUGUGCUGGGGAUAAUAAAAGGCCACUCUAAAAUGUGCAGUUUUGUCACACAACUCAAUGCCACAGAAGCCUCAAGUUUUGAGGGAGCGUGCAAUUGGCAUGCUGACUGCAGGAAUGUCCACCAGAGCUGUUGUCAGAGAAUUUAAUUUUAAUUUCUCUACCAUAAGCCGCCUCAAAGUCGUUUUACAGAAUUUGGCAGUACGUCUAAGCGGCCUCACAACCGCAGACCACGUGUAACCACGCCAGCCCAGGACCUCCACAUCCGGCUUCUUCACUUGCGGGAUUGUCUGAGACCAGCCACCCGUACAGCUGAUGAAACUGGGGAGUAUUUCUGUCUGUAAUAAAGCCCUUUUGUGGGGAAAACUCAUUCUGAUUGGCUGGGCCUGGCUCCCCAGUGGGUGGGCUUAUGCCCUCUCAGGCCCACCCAUGGCUGCACCCCUGCCCAGUCAUGUGAAAUCCAUAGAUUAGGGCCUAAUGAAUUUAUUUCAAUUGACUGAUUUCCUUACAUGAACUGUAACUCAGUAAAAUUGUUGCAUGUUGCGUUUAUAUGAUUGUUCAGUAUAUUAACUGCAAAUGUUUGAUGUUUUGAAACUGUCUCUUGUCUGUUUUAGUUUUCUUUAUUGCAUACUUACCUCCUGUUUGAUAUUAUUUGUUGCUUCGUGGAUGGUUGAUCCAUGUAGCAGAGUAGUAACUCCAAUCAAUGCCCUACCCAGAGCUCUCUCUGAGGGGACGCAUACCCUGACAGAAGUUCCUUUGUUUUAGUCUUAUGGGAAAUGUAGUCACACCAGGCUCCUGUCCUGUGUUCUCUCCCUGUUCUGCUCUCCCCGGCUUGUUUGUCCCUUGGAGCCAGCAGCCGUCCCCUGUUGUUUUGAGGCAAGUCUUCUGAUAUCUUCUCAUUCAGGCAGAUACAGCAUCAGGAAGGUUAAUGUUAACUUUUCCUCCUUUCCCUGUAAUGACAUUCUAGCAGUUCUAGUUUUUAGAGCAUGGUGUGUGUAUAUCUCAAACAUAAUAUCACAUUAAACCUGUGUGGUUUCAUUUGACUUUUCUCACCCAGUAUGUGUCCUGUUCUCUUUUGUACUACCGGAGUGAAGUUGUUAACUCACUUUUGCCCAUACUUAGGAGAUGUCUGACGACAGGUGGCAGUGGGGUGGGAUGGUGUGUGUACAUGAGCUGAUUGUGUUUUUUUGAGAAAAGUCUGACCUGUCCUGACUUUGACCGCAGUGAUGGCAGUUGGUUGGUAACAUGCUGUAUUUUCGGUGGUUCAGUGGGUCUGUUAAAAGUGUGGUUGUUCCGCCCAGCAGGAGCCUUGCUUCAGACUGGCCUAAAAUGGGCAGAAAGGGUGCAGAACAAAAGCUGCUUGUUGCUUGUACAAAAGUACUGAAGCGCUGCAGCCGGGACCAAGCUGCUAUGCUAAUGCCUGUGCCUCUCAACAGGAAAGGUAUAGCAAACUUUCAGAAAAACAACAAGCCAUUUAUACUGUAGGCCACUAUAUUAAUAUUUUGCUAACCUGUAGAGAUUCUUCAUCACAGAAUUCUCUUACCAAUUGAAAUUUAGCCUAUAACCUUAAUAGUUUGUCCUUAUGCCACACACUUCAAACACCACACAUAAGUUCAUUCAUUUUUAGAAUGUACUUUUGAUAAGUAAAAUUCUGCAAAACAACAGUCUUUCAUGAUACCAUGUGUAUUUGUGUGACAGAUUUUUUGUCAAUAACACACUUUCCGUCUCCCCUCACCCCAGAGAGCCAAAAUGUUCCCGAAGGGCACGAAGCGCAAGUUUUCUGACUCCGGGGAUGAACCUGCGGUGGGCGGUGAGGAUAUGAACCAGCCGAGUUCGGUGGCCGUGAGGAUGCUGUCAUCCUACAGCCUGCAGCGGCAGGCCCUGCUGGACAUGUCCCUGAUCAAGCUGCAGCUGUGCCACAUGCUGGUGGAGCCCAACCUGUGCCGUUCGGUGCUGAUUGCCAACACGGUGAGGCAGAUCCAGGAGGAGAUGACCCAGGACGGCACCUGGCAGAUCAUGACCCAGGCCCUGAGUGCUGCCAACGCUGCUGCCCAGUGCUCUGCAGAGCGCCUGGUGGCCACCGAGGUGCUGUGUCGGCAGACCGAGGCAGCCCAGGGCGAGCAGGUCCCCAAGCCCUUCCCAGCAGUGGGGUCAGAGGGUUGCCCUGCAGAGGAGGAGGAGGAGGUGGUGGUGGAGGAGGAGGAGGAGGGUGAGGGGGGGGUGACCAUGUCCACGGUUUCCUCUCAAGCCCCAACCACCUACCUGCCAGGCACCUUCGGCAUGGACCCCUGCUGGGAAGAGGAGACGGAAGAAGAUGAGGACAGUGAGGAGUGUGGGUCUGGAUCGGAGGAGGGAGACAGUGACAGGCUUGUGGAGGACUCCAGGACAGCAGAGCAGGUCUUUGGCACGUUCGAGAUCAAAAACCCUGCCCCCAGCCCCGACCCUGCCCUGGAGGAACUGUUUUCAGACGUGGAUGCGUCCUACUACGACCUUGACACGGUGCUGACAGGCAUACAGAGCGUUCCUAAGAUGGGGCCCUACGACCUCCUGGAGAGCCUGUCCUCCCAUGGGCCCUCUCCCCUCAGUUCCAGCACCAGCUGCCGAUCAGACCUCAAUGAACUGGACCACAUCAUGGAGAUCAUAGUGGGCUCCUGA